AUUUUUUCAUUUACUUUUUAUAAAGAAAUACACGUAAACCUUUGAUUGAAGGAGAUUAUCAAUUAAAAACCUAAAUAACAACACUUUAAGUGACAACACAGCAAGCGAGUGGACAGGCCAAAAGAUAUCACAAAAGAAAUGAGAAGUCUUCCGCAUGUGUUCGCUAUUUUCCUAUUGUAUUUUGCAGCCGUGUGUGCUGAUGACCCUUUAAAUCCUAAAGAGCAAAAGGAGAAGGCAACAAAUCAGCCACCAUGUAAAGCAUGUUCCACAUUGGUUUCAUCUUUCAAACUGGGACUGGAGAAUACAAGUCGAGGCAAACAUGCCGGUGGUGAUGCGGCCUGGGAGGAAGAAAAGCUACGUUCUUAUAAAACAAGUGAGGUGCGUUUGGUUGAAAUCCAGGAAAAUCUCUGUCGUGAGGUUCGAAGAGGACAAACUCAAUGUCACAAUAUGGCCAACGAUCACGAACAUCUGUUAGAGGAAUGGUUUACGCAUAAACAAAAUGAAGAAGAAGAUUUGCACAAGUGGCUUUGCAUUGAGCAGUUGCAAGUAUGUUGUCCGGAUGGCCACUAUGGGGCGGAAUGUAAAAAAUGCACUGAUUGUCGUGGCAAUGGCAAAUGCAAAGGUGAUGGUACACGGAAGGGCAAUGGAAAAUGCAAUUGUGAUGCUGGCUAUACUGGGGACGAUUGUAAUCAAUGUGCACUUGGCUUCUAUGAAGCAUUUCGUGAUGACAAGAAACUGCUGUGUUCAACAUGCCACAAAUCUUGCGCCAAGGAUGAGGGAUGCAAGGGUGCCGGACCAAAAGCUUGUGCAAAAUGUAAUGAAGGCUGGCGUUGGGAUGCUACAAACGGCUGCCAAGAUAUCAAUGAGUGCCUAGAUAAACCAAGAACAUGUCGACCCAAUCAAUUUUGUGUCAACAAUGAAGGCUCGCAUUCAUGCUUAGAAUGUGAUCGCUCCUGUGAAGGCUGUGAUGGUGAUGGCCCCGAUAUGUGUAAAAAAUGCGCUGCUGGCUAUUCCCUUAAAGAUGGCAAAUGUCAAGAUGAUUCCAAUGAGAAACGUGAUCAAUAUGUAAAUAUUACACGUUUUCUAACAUAUUUUGGUCUAUGCGUGGCCACUUGUGUUAUCUUUCAAAGUUCCACACACAUUGCUUACAUUGUGGGAGCAGCGGUUGCCAUCUACAUAGCCGCAUCAGAAUAUUGGCUUAGUUCUGUCCCAGCUGGUGCUAAUAAGCCACAAAUCGAUACAAAACAAUUGGAAGAAAUGCUUAUGAAAUCGUUGUAAACCACAUCAAUGUCUCGUCUCAUUAACAGCUAUCCCACACUCGAUUGUUUGGCCGCAGGAAAAAAUUUAUUAUUUUAAUUGUAACUAAGAGAAAAGUUGUCCUUUUUCUAAUAGUGGCUGAGGUGAGAUACGAUUGUAACAAAUAUUUAUUCUGUGAAUAAGUAGUGGCAACAGCACACAAAAAGUAAAACAAUUAAGGAAUGUAAAACUGAAACAAAUUGGCUUGCACCAUAGAAUGAAUAUAUAUUUUUAGUUAACCAAAUGAGCAUUUAUUUUUAAGCUUAAUGAAAAAGUAUUUAAAUCCUAUUUUCUACAGCAUUAUUAGUUGUUUGUGUUGUUUCUAGGAUGUGUCAUAACAAAUGUCAAUAUAUCUUCAAAUGUUAUUUAAUUUCAUGAUGAUUCACUUGUAUGCCAUAAAUCUACGAGUAGUAUAAAAUGGGAGAAUUACUUAUGAUAUCUCUUAUGCCCUAUAUGCCAAAUUUAUUUAUUUAAUUUAUCUCUUUCAAUUGUCCACAAACAACAUUUUAAGUUUGCCUGUCAAUUAAUUUAUAUUUCUAAACAUUAAAAUUGGAUUUGUUUGUCCAAAGUAGACGCUAUAA